AUGGCGGAGGCGGCGUCGACUGUGUUUGUGGGGGGCAUUUCGCCCGGCGUCAACGACCGCUGGCUGAUAGAGCUGCUCAAGUCGUGUGGUUCUUUCCGCUCGUUCAAGCGCGUGAGUAAAGCGUUUGGGUUUGCGGAUUUUCUUUCCGCGCACGACGUGCUGCGCGCGCUCGCCGUGCUCAACGGCGUCGAGCUGCCGAGCAUGGGCGUGGACGUGGGCUUGGCGCCGAAGUGCCUUGUGGUCAAGGCCGACGAGAAAACAACUGCGUUUUUGGACGAGUUCCAAAAAACGCUCGUGCGCACCGACGACGACGCGCAGGAAGAGCGCAAGGCGCGUGCACGCGCCAUGCAGAUCGUCGGCAUGAUGCGUGCCCAAGCAGGCACAGGCGCGGAUGCGGACGUGAACGUCUACGAGAUCCCUGCGCAUCUGAAGGAUUUGCGGCCCGAAGAGCUCGGCGCGAAUCGCCCUGCAAACAUUUUAUCGGAGAUUGAAAAGUUUCGUAUUGCUGCCGUUGCGCGCGAUGCCGAGGACCGGCGGCGCACGCUCGAGGUGGAGAAGCGCCGUGCGGCUGCUUCGCAGGACCGUGUGCGCUCCUUCUCACCCGCACAUGCGCCCAGCGACGUGGACGACCCCGAGGCAGCGGAUGUUGCCGCGGAGCAAGCGCGGUGUGCGGCACGCACAGAGCGCAUCCAGCGCGAAGCCAGCGAAGCUGAGCGUAUCUAUGCACGCAAAGAGCAGGACAGGGUCGCGUACUGGCGCGCGCAGUAUGCCGAGUGUGCGCCGCAACACAAGGCGCGCUUGUGGGAGCCGCAGGAAGACGCAGAGUUCGCACGCGAGCUCUUCUGGCUGGAUCGGCGGCGCUGGCUGCAUAUGCGCGCGGCCGAAGUAGCGCGCGAGCGUGCCGCUGACGAUGCUGAUCGGCAUGCGCAGCGCAACGAGGAAGAAAAAGCGCGGCAGGAAGCCGAGGCGUUCCUUGCGGAGCAGGAGCGUGAGAUGGCCGAGUUUGCCGAGCGGCAGCGUGCUUCUGGACUGCUUGUGCAUGACGGUGCGCCGCUUCGGCUGCAUGUGCAUAUGGCCACGGACGAAGGCGUAAAGCGGCGCUUGGCGCUUGCCGAACGACUGCGCGGCGCGAGGAGCGAGGAUGCCAUUCGCCAUGUCCUCCCUGCCGACGACACACAGCUCUUUGCCAUUACGCCCGACUGGUCGCGCCUCGACAUCUCCUCCUACACGCCGCUCCUCGAUGCGGGCAUCGAGGCGAGUUUUGGCGAAGUUGUCGAGGACUUGCGCGACGCCGCGCUGGAAAAGUUGCGUGAGGAGGCGAGCGCGCAAGAAGUACUUGACGUGCUGGAGCCAGUGCUCGACGACGAGGCGCCGGCGCUGGUUGCGUCGGUAUGGCGUGCGCUCCUCCUCGAUUCGCUGCGCCCAUAG